CUUAAAAAGUCGGUCUCCCCAUAAUCCAAAAUGUACCCCAAGCCUCCCUAAAAACUCACUUCACAUUACACAAAUCAAUCAAUCAAUCCCCAAAUACACAUGAUCCAUCGGAGAUUUCUAUAGAAUUUUUUGUUUCAUCUUCCCCCUACCUACCUUGUCUCUCUUCAGCUUCGAUGUCUCCCCAAUAUGCACACCAAAAGAAUUGAAAAUGGGUUUGCUUUAGGUAGAUUAUAGUGUGAUGUGAUUAUGAGGAAGAAGAGGAAAGGUAGUGAAUUUCUAUACCCAGAUCAAGAGGUUUUAGAAUCAACUCGCGAUUCGCGUUCGUUGUCGAAUUUAAAGACCCAUUAUUCUUUGGAAGAUUAUGCUAGGUUGAAGAAGAGGUGUAAGGAAGAUGUGGUGGGUACAGACCCAAUUGGGUCAUGUAAAAAUAGGCUUCUGGGUAUUGCUUCUACGGCUCCGCCAUGCGGAACUUCGUCGUUGGUUUUACCAGGAAGAGGGUUGAAGAGAAAGAUAGGGUGUAUUGAUAGAGCCACUCAAUUGGGUAGGAAGAACAAGAUUGAGGAUGAUUAUGUUUCAGGUGCCACAAUUGGAAAAGGUAAAUUUGGGUCGGUUUGGUUGUGCCAGAGUAGGGUUACUGGAGUGGAAUUUGCGUGUAAGACUCUGCAUAAGGGGGAAGAGACGGUUCACCGUGAGGUAGAGAUUAUGCAGCAUUUGUCAGGGCAUCCGGGUGUUGUAACAUUGGAGGCGGUGUAUGAGGAUUCUGAAUGCUUUCACCUUGUGAUGGAGCUGUGUUCAGGUGGACGUUUGAUUGAUCAGAUGGCCAGUGAGGGUCGGUAUUCAGAGCACCGGGCUGCUAAUAUAUUCAAGGAAAUUGUGCUGGUCAUUAAGUAUUGUCAUGAGAUGGGAGUUGUACACAGAGAUAUAAAGCCUGAGAAUAUUCUUCUCACAAAUUCAGGGAAGAUAAAGCUGGCAGAUUUCGGCUUAGCCAUGAGGAUUGCAAAUGGUCAGAGAUUGACUGGUUUGGUUGGGAGCCCUGUUUAUGUUGCCCCAGAAGUUCUCCUAGGCGAUUAUUCUGAGAAAGUUGAUAUAUGGAGUGCUGGUGUCCUUCUACAUGCUCUCUUGACUGGUCUUCUCCCAUUUCAAGGAGACUCACUAGAAGCAGUUUUCGAAGCAAUCAAGAGCAUGAAGGUUGAUUUCCACACCGGGAUAUGGGAGUCUAUAUCGAAAGUUGCACGGGAUCUGAUUGAGCGCAUUCUUACAAGAGAUGUUGCAACAAGGAUAACAGCAGAUGAAGUUCUAAGCCAUCCAUGGAUCUUGCUCUACACUGACCGCACAUUAAGGACGCUAUCUAUAAAGUCGAAAUCAAAGAGCCGGUCACCACCACCACCUUCCCAGCUACCAGCCAUUACAACUAGACUGGAGGAGCAGAAUGACCGUAGGACAGCCUAUGAUUCUUUUGGUGAGACUAAUGAUCCAGCAUCGUUGCCUGGAAGUUUGAGUCGCAAGGCUGAAGAGCAAGACGGCUCUGGUUUGGUUGACGCACUUGCAGUAGCAAUUUCACACGUGACGAUCUCCGAAACAAAACGGAGCAGGCUGUGCGUUCCAACAAACCCAAUACAGGAGCAAUGCUCGUCUAACAUGAAGGCUAACAAUCUCUGCAAAGCAUUUUGAUUCCGAGACAUAAACAGCUGACCGAACUACACCACCAACACCAUCCCUCAGUUAUUUUUUGAAUGGGUAUCUGAAUUAAAAAAUUUCGUGGCCAAAAGAUGAUAUAACUGGCAAACAUGUUUGGGUAUCAAAAUAACAAGUAUUGGAUUGAUGGCUGGGAAAGGCUAGAAAUUGUUGGAAUGCUUGUUUGAUCUAAUGUUGGCCAUUGUUGACAUGGCAAUGUACCUAUAACCUGAUACAACCUAAUAAACUGAUGUACAGUACUGGUAAUGUAAAUAGAGAGUGCUGGUGAUUUGUAAUUGUAACACGGGGUUUGUUUGGUUCUUUGCUUUAUUUAAAUAUAUUGCUUUGCUACCUGCAUUUCACAAUCUUGGAACUACAGAAUUUUUGUA